GUGGCCGCAGGAGGACGGCAGGAUGCUCGGGGCGCCGAGCGGCUCCGCUGUGCGGUGUCGGCGGCCGGCUGGGCCCGAAGGAAUCCCGACUUGUGUCUGCAGCGGUGCAGCCUGCGGGAGCGGAGGGGAUCGGCCCUCUGAACGGCACUGACGGGCCCGCAUAUCAAUGAGGGACAGACCAGGAAUGGGACAAACUCCGGAGCGUGUCCUGAAUAGGGAGCAGAGCUAAAGGGAGUUAAAGUGCGAGGGGUCUGAGCGCAGUCCUAUGGGAGCGGCUGAGGGAAUGGGGUGGGUCAGUGUGGAGCUGCAGCCCUGACAGGACGGUGUGGGGAGGGGUUCAGCCUCUGCUCCUGGGUGACAGCGAUAGUGAGAGUGAUGGCAUCACUCUGCACCAGGGGAGGUUCAGGUCAGGUGCUGGGGAAACCUUUUUCUCCCAGCAGGCAGUGAGGCUUUGGAACAGGCUGCCCAGGGAGAGGUUCAGGAAGCAUGUUAAUGUGGCAGUGAGGGACAUGGCUGGAUUGGGUCAUCUUAGAGGUCUUUGCCAACCUAAAGGGGCCUACAGGAAGGCGGGGGAAGGGCUCAUUGUUAUGGAGUGUAGUGAUAUUACAAGGGGUUACAGCUGUGAAUUAAAAGAGGAGAGAUUUAGAUUAGAUGUUAGGAAGAACUUCUUGGGCCUCUGCACAGGCUGCCUAUAGAGGCUGUGGAUGCCCUGUCCAUGAAGGUAUUAGGGCCAGGCUGGAUGGGGCCCUAGGAAGCCUGAUGUGUGGCAGUUGUCACCCCUGUGGUAGGAGUUGGGACUGAGUGGGCUUUAAUGUCUCUUCUCAUCCAACUGGUCCAUGAUAAAGUUUGAUCCAUGAUUCAUUAUCUUGGCUCUGAGAUCAGCAGCCACCACUAAGGCCAGCCAGGCUGAAGCUGCAGCACGUGCCAUGCAGAGAGGCACUCCUCUGGCCUGCUCCUCAUCCUGACUGCUGCUGUGUGACCUUGCUUAUCAUCUUCUGGGUUGUUUGUUGCUUUGUUCUGUUUUGCUUGUCUAAGCUGUCCUUUGAUUACAUGUUCAACAUACACCUUCUGUAGCUGAUAAGAGAGUGACUCCUGGGGCUGGAUUGUACUCUGUGCCUCAAACUGCCUACAGACCUGCAGCCGUGGUUGGGAGCUGGCAGGAACCUUUGCACUGUUGCUUUAGAACUGACAGACCAAGAACUGAAACAUCUGGCUGGCUUCAUGCAAAGCAGUCCUCAGCCUGCACCCUGUUGGCUGAGCCUGGUUUGUUUUCUGGAAGGUGUAAAGGUUGUCCUGCGUGGCAGCACCCUUAACCCGUAACUAUCAGCAAGCACGGUGGAUGGCAGCUAGGUUGUAGGCUCUUCUUAGAGCAGUCUGUGUCUUUUUCAUCAUCACUUCAGUUGCUUUAUAGGCUACCGAAAUAUUCCUGGCUGUUCUCUGCCACAGGUAGUAAUCACGAACGAAUGGCAGCAAACGGAGAGCGCUGGGCCAUCAGUGCAGGAGGCAAAAAGAGUGGGCUCCUCGAUGCUCUGCCUGCACACAAGAGCCACGUCACCUCUUGCUUCCUACUUCUCUAGAGGACUACAAUGUGUUACCCACAUUGUUUGGUCUCUGUAAACAACUUUCCAAGCAUCUGGGCAUUUCCAGCGCUGUUCCUGCUACACCUCUGCUCCAGUUAAACUGGUGCCAGCAAUGCUGUUUCAGGGGAGAUGCUUGGAUUCCUGUAACGACCUCGGUGUGGCUUUUCUUUCACUCCUUCCUGUGUUUUAGCGUGCUUGGGUCUCUGACUAAUGCAGUAAAUUGAAUUGCCCAGAGCUACUUCUCCACUUCUCUUCUGGUACAGCUGGCUUACAGUGUUCUCAAAUGGGAAUAAUUGAAAUUGUCUCUGUGCAUUUCUUGGAAUGAAAUUAACUGUUCAUAAACAAUGUGAGUGUUCUCAUUUUGUUCUUACACCCACUGCAGGAGAUAUUUGUGUUAAAUAAUUCUACCUAUCUUUACAAGUUCUCUGUCUCUGUAAUGUAUCUUGGGAGAACAGAGGUUCUUCUGCCUUCUCAGUGAAGCACAGCAUGUAGCAGUCAGGAGUGAGAGCUGUGGACAGGUAUUGCAUCUGGAGGUGAGUGCUCAGGUGAAGGGGAGAUGGGCAGGAACCCGGCAGCAGUGGUGGCAGUGGUCCUCUGCUGGCACCCUGCUCUCAGCACCUUGUACUGAUUUAACAUCUUGGUGCAAGAGCAGACCAACCAGUUCCUUAUUUUUUGUGUUUUGAGAUUGAUGCCCCCUUCAGUUCUGCUGAAUCAGCUGUUCUGUGUUGUGGAGUAUUUGGGGGUUUGUUUUCUGGCGGUUUGUUGUUGUUUUCUUCUUGUUGUUGUGGGUUAUCUUGGUUUGGCUUUGGAUUCUUGGUUUGUUAUUUUAAUUGGGAGCUGUUUUUAUUUGUUGUUUGGGGGAUUUUGAUGUUUUUUGGAGGGCUCUUUGUUUUUCUUUGCUUUUGGUUUUGUUUUUAGAGGUGUUUGGAGUUUGUUGGUUUGUUUCGUUUCCUUUUCCUAUAGAAACAGAAAAAAUCAGAAGGCUCCUUCCAGCCCCUCUAUGGCUUAUGCUAUUAGAGAUGAAGAAGACUGUUGGCAGCCCAGUUCCUCGGAGGCAUAAGAACAGCAUCAACACAGGGCUUGGAGCACAGCUCGAGUGUUUGUUGUCCCUUGACACGUGGCCUGUGGGGCUGAGCUGGUGACAGGCUCCUGCUCCCAGCCAGGCCACUGACCGGGCAGGAAGGGCUGAUGUGAGCUCAGCAGCUUCUCAUAGAGCAAAUGGGCUAUCUUAGGAAUGUUGCUGUCUGUGACUUGUCUGAAAGUUGCUGUAGUACAUGCCCCUUCUGUCAGCUCUGUGCACCAUCUGCACUCAGUUCCUCUUUGCCUGCUGCUUGCCGUCUUAGGGAAUGGGGGACAAAGUUUCACAGUGGGUAAACAAAGGUGAUCCUUUUCUUCUGCAAGCCAGCAGGAGGGGCCUUGGUGGCUCUCCCACGUUCAGUUCAGUGCCUGUCUGGUUGCUGCUGCUGGACUGAGCUGCUGCAAGGGCACGUGCUAAGGUGAUCCUGGUCAUUAGGAGGCAAAAGGAGAGCAAACCUCCCCAAGGGGAGAGCCGGUGUCAGAUGUUAGAAGCAAGUAAGCUUCAGUAGGGAGGAAGAAGGAAUGUAACUUCUGCAGGACUCCAGCUGGUAGCUUCAGCAGAUAGCAAGGUUUUACUGUGGUAGGAGAAAGGGCAAUCUGCUCCUGGGCUCAGAGGGCUUCUUUGCAGCUUCCACUGCUCCCUGACAGGUGUGCGUGUGGAGGGGGCCUCAGAUAACACAGACCUGAGGUCUGAUCCACAAAAUCAGCUCCCACACUCAGUGUGAACUUGGCCUCUUGUUUGUGCGUGGCGUGAGGUUCAGUGCAAGUUGGUGGUGUGGAACUAACGCAGUAAAGAGGCGAGUUCUGACACUUGGAGUAAGAGUUUUAGCAAGUAUGCUGCCAAAGAGCAUGAGUGCCAGCCAGUCUGUUGUUACUGUGUAACUAUGUGCUUUUAGUUCCCUGCUGAAGCCAUGUAUUGUGGCGCAUAGCCUGCCUUGUUUGUGCAGUCAGCCCAGGUGCGCUGAACUCUGGCACCACAAUCUUUUCCAGGCUGUGAAAUACCUGUGUUCAGCAUAUGUCAUCCCUCUUGCAGUAGGCAGGGGUCCCCUCAGGGACUGAACUUGCUGAAACAACAUCAGGUGGAUGACAAAGAGGACGACAGAGCUCAGGAGGAACGGUAAAUGCACACAGCUCGGCAGUGGCAUUUUGUCCUGCAGCAGCAGGUGAGUAGGCAUCUUGCAGGCAGGUUUACAGAUGCAGUAAAGCUGCUGAAAGACUCCAAAACAACUGCAGAGGAGGGGUUGUAGUCAUCCAAUUCGGAAUAUGUAUUAAUAAACAGACUAGAGAGGGUCAUUGCUAGCAAAUGACUUCGGUGCAUUCUCACUUUAGGGAAAGAAAAUGCUAAUAAGUGCUCGUAUAGAGGGUAACGUUAAUAAAGCAGCACGUGCUGCUGUUAUUCACGUGCUGUUAUUGCAGCACCAUGGUUGUGCUGAGAGCCUGGAAGAAGCAGCAGAAGCAGCAGUGCUGCCCGAGGAAAUACUCUCAGUGGGAGCUUUACUGCAGGGCAUGCCCGUGUGCUGAGAGGGAGCACAUUUGCACUCCUGACUUUUUCAUGUCCUGACUGCUGUGUUGAAAUCAUUGUUUCUACAGAGAUUCUCCAAAGCAGAUGUGGUGGCCAGUGAAGAACAAACAUUUUGAGCCGCACGGAGGUUUUAACAACUUCCUCACCUCUUUUUAACAUUCUCUGCAGCUGAUUCAUACUAACUCUGUUGUCCUGAGCUAUCAGAGCACAACAAAGAUCUCUUCUGUAGCUCCAGAAUGACCAGUCGUGAACCCGUUCUGUUUCCAUACUUGCUACUUUCGUGCCAGGCCAGAAGAUGUCCUGUGCCAGGAGCUGUGCUGUACCAACUGCCUUCUGGGCUGCCAUUAGGAUCAUUCAUGCUGUCCUGGAGAAGUAUGGGACCUAUGAGAGCUUCGAAGUUGCCACUGGUGGGAGACUGCUGAGCAAGUGCCAGAUCUGGUCUGUUAUCCGAAAGUACAUGCAGAAGGAAGGCUGCGCAGGGGAGGUAGUGGUGCAGCUCACCGAUGAUCUCCUGUCUCAGGCUGUGAUGAUGGUGGAGGACAGCCGGCCAACACUGGCCAUCAACCUGUCUGGAGCCCGGCAGUUCUGGCUGGAGGGCAUGCUGCGCCAUGAGAUAGGCACGCACUACAUCCGUGGGGUGAACAACACCCACCAGCCCUGGCACAGCUCGGAGGGCCGCAAGCAGUACAGCCUGAAGCCUGCCAACCCCACGGAGGAAGGUUUGGCCAGCCUGCACAGCGUCCUCUUCCGCAAGCAGCCCUUCCUCUGGCGUGCAGCUUUGCUCUACUACACCAUUGAGAGGGCCAGCCGCCUCUCCUUCUCCGCGCUCUUCCAGGACCUGGAGCAAUACGUCCAGGAUGCUGGCAUCCGGUGGGAGUACUGCGUGCGGGCCAAGCGGGGCCAGACUGACACCUCACAGCCAGGCUGCUUCAGUAAGGACCAGGUGUACCUGGAUGGGAUUCUCCGCAUCCUGCGACAUCGGCAGACAAUCGACUUCCCAUUGCUGGCUGCUCUUGGAAAGGUCUCCUACGAAGAUGUGAACCGCCUGAAGAAAUUUGGCGUCCUGGAGAAGGCUCGCAUCCCCCAUUUCAUGCAGGACCUGGAGCGGUACAUGAAGCAGCUCGACCACAUUGUCACCACCAACCAGCUGGAUGAGCAGGAGCUGGAAGAGCUGCUGCCUGAAUACCUGCCCCGUCAUUGCAGACCGUGCAGACCUACAAGUAAACACGACUGCACCCCAAAUACGUGCUCUGCCAGGCAUCAAGGCACAAAGGACUCGGGGUAGGGAUCUGGCUUGAUGUUACGAACAAAGGUGUAAUAAAACCCAUGUAAUGGAAA